AUGGCUGGUAGGCGUGGAGGGGAUUACCCAGGGUCUUCUGGCUCCUUCGACCGUCGAGACGACCGCGCACCAGCCGCUUACCACAAUCGAUUACCCGAUUACCGUGACCGAUCAUCAGAGAGAUACCACGGUUCGCCGCAAGACCUAAUUUCAGAUCGCGAAAGGGAAUCAAUUUCAUCUCGGGACCAGUCCACCAGGCGACCUUCCGAUAAGUCGAUUUCCCAUCGGUCGAUCAAUGCUGGAGACCAUGGUAAGAUCUGGGAUCGGCAGAAAAAGCACGAGAAGAGUAUGGCUCAUUCGGUACAAACAGGAUCAAGAACGCCCUCAAGCGCAUCAAGCGGACGACGAAUUUUAAAACCCGGUCAGCAAGCCAUGAUGGAGCUCCUCGGCGAUAUGGCCCAUCAUCGCGUUCAACUGCAUCAAGUUGAGGCCAAACUUCAGAGGACAAAAAGAGAGCUAAGCCAGUCAAACACAAAACCGACUGAGUUUGCUUCUGUUGAAGACCUGAAACGUAGAGAGGUGCAACGAUACGAAGAUGAGAGGACGAAGCUAGAGCAGAAGCUCGCACAAAUAUAUCAGAAACUGCAAACGAGCUUCGAUUCCUUUCUCAAACAGCUACAGCAACAACUACCACCCACAACCUCUGACAGGCAGCACGAAACACUCUCCCCAGCGAACAAUACUCAGGGGUCCAUAUCAGAGCUCGAACCACGAUUAGCAGAACUGCAGAAACAAAUAACAUCAGGGAUGGAAAUUCACGUGCAACGUGAACUCAAAAAGCUCAAGGAGUCUGAUAACAAUGAGAUUCAGUAUCUACGGAGUAGCCUCGAUGAAGAAAAACAAAAGACUCGGCUCCUAGCGAGCAAGUUGGAAGAUGGCCAGCGCGAAAACCAAAUGUUGGAACAGAGGCUCAGCCGACUCGAACAAAAGUUCAUCGGUAUCAACUCGAAAACACAAGUGCAAAUAUCGACAGAAGUUGACGAAAGAUGGAACAAGAAAAUGCCGAGCAUCGACGAAAAAUUCAGCAAGAUACAAGAGUUGCAAACGUCUUUAAACGACCAUACGACACAGUUGGCCAGUCUGAAACGUAGCGCUUCGAUGGCCGCCAAGAGCAGCACAGCAGCCUCCAACACAACAUGCAUAGCAGCCUCCAAUGCGACAGUCGAACAGCUUAAGAAGACUGUUGAAAUGCAAGGACGCAAUAUCAAGUUUUUAACGACUAAGCAAGAUUCGCAAGUGUUGAAAGUUGAGAAGCUUCAGAUUUUGACGGAUUCAAACAAGGUGGAUGUGGAAAGUAACGGAGACCUUUUGAAAUUACAAGAUGCUGCCGUUGCAGAGCAGCGCAAACAGCAGGAGUCUUUGGAAGAGGAGAUUACGUCCCUGAAAAGCCUGUCUCAUGAUCAAGAAGAAAGGCACAAGUUGCUGGACAAGACCGUUGCCGGUUUGAGUUCUACUGUGAAGGUGCUCUCGCAAGGGCAAGAGUCUCUGGCGGUGGAUGUAAGCUCUCUGGACUCAUCUUGCAAAGACAACAAAAAGUCACACGACAUGCAUGCAUCGGAGAUAGUCUCUCUAGAAGCACUUAUUCAGCGGCAGCAGAAGAAGAGCGAUGUUUUGGAACAAAGUCUCGCCUCUCUGCAAGACGCCACUGCAGGCUGGUCGCAUCAAGAAUUCAGAAGACUGGGUGAAAAGGUCCAUGAGUUUCCACCUGCAACGGGUCUCAAACGCCUCCUGGAAGAACUUCCACCUGCUACGGACCUUCAACGCCUUCUGAAAGAAUUGCCACCUGCAAUGGACCUUAAGCGCCUUCUGAAAGAACUACCUCCUACCAAGGACUUAAAGCAGCUUCUUGCAGACGUGCCAAAGUUAAAAGAAUCUAUGUCAGAAGCCAUGGUACGCUCGUCAAAUACGCCAACGCCCGCGCCAGUGCCUGCACCUGCGCCUGCACAUAUGACAAAGGAUAUGGUCAUGCAGAUGGUAAACCCUCAAAUUCGGGAUUUGGGGAACCUCUUGAAAUCAGAUCUUUCUCAGAAAUUUACGAUCGUGGCUGAAAACUUCGGUAAGACCAUUGAUGCAGCCAACGCACGUACAUCCAAGUCUGAGGCAGAUGUCAAGGAGUUGGACGAACGCAUCUCUAAAAUUGACAAGACUCUAAAGCAGAGUCAGAAGGAAAUGAGAGAAACGGGCGAAAGUCUGCAGAAGGGCUUCAAGGAGCAGACGGCUGAAGUCGAUGCGAUGAAGGGCUCAAUUGCCCUGGCUUUUCGGGAACUUGAUAAAACUCGUAGGGAGGCAAAGGCCGGGACGGAUGAUGUGCAGUUCCAGUUGACACAUAUGACUGACUGGGCAAAGAACUUCGGCUCCAAGCAGUGGCAUGACAGCGUUGCACAGCAAAUCGCAGCGUAUGUACCAGCUCAUUUCACGGGACAACUAGACAGUCUUACUACCCGGGUCAGUACACUUGAAAGCCGGGGUAAUGACGCGGAGGGUGCCAACAAGAGGCGUAAGGGGGUUAAUGGCAGUCCGUUGGUGUUGAACGGCUCCUACUGA